AUGCCGUGCUCCAACAUCGACCACGUGGAGAUCUACGUCCCCGAGGACAAAUUCGAGCACGUCAUAAAUUGGUACAAGGCCGCCCUGAUGCCUUUACAAUAUCGGGAAGUGAAGCGAUUGGAAAAUGCCGUUGGGCUCGGCAUCGCGGAGCCGAACUUCUGGAUUAGGAAACGGGAUGUGAAGAGCCCUGGGAUGCAUGUCGCGUUCAUGGCACCAGAUCAUGAGACAGUAUGGGCUUUCUACGACGCUGCGUUGGCGGUGGGCGGCGUGAGCAACGGCGCGCCUGGUUUGCGGCCGGAGAAUAAUGAGACGUAUUUUGCUGCGUAUGUGUUAGAUCCUAUAGGGAAUAAUAUUGAGGUGGUUGAUCAAAGUUCGCAUGAGGAGGAGUAUCGCUAG